UGGAGUGUAUACAGUAUGUUACGCUGAAAUUAUUAUUUUUUAGCUCGAAUGACUUCCGCAAAUACUUGUAAUACUUCACUCAUUCCAGCACCGAUGAUAUAUCAAAAAAAUACUUAUACUGUGGUGACCAAAACAAAGAAAUUAAAUGUGUUUCUUUUAAUACUGGAGCUACACUAAAGGCUGCUUGACAUGAUGCAAUACAACGUGCAAUGCAAUGCAAGACGCAAUAUUUCUUGAUCAAAAGCAUGCGCAGAUGAAGUUUAUCUGAUUGUUCCAUGCAAGAUCUUGACAUUGUCGGUUUUGUGCCGUUUUUAUUGCAUAUACUUAAGUUAGUUAGUUACUUUUGGCUUAACAGAUCAGCUGACUUUCGUAAAACUUAACUUCGUUAUUUUCAUUGUUAAACUAUGUACAAAAUGUUAGAUAAACUUUGAGGUUAUAAAUUUGUUUACUUUUACUGUUAACAGAGACUUGUAUGCAAUUUCUUGCACGUUGUAUUGCGAGAAAUGCCAUUAAUUAUCGCGAUAAUGGACGUUAAUCGUAGGUGUAGCCACGACUUAACGCGAUAAUUUAAAAACGGCAUUAACAUUGCCGUUUGGCGUUAGGUUAUAGCUCAAGUAGCGUUACAUCAAAGAGAUUAACGCGAUAAUUAAUGCCAUGAAGCGGCCUCACUACGUAUAUAUUUAUGCUUUACAGUCUGUCCACGGUAUAUUUGCAGUGAACUGAAUAACAGUAUAAACUAGAAAGUUUAACAUGGUAAUACCGGUCAUUUUUAUAUUUGAAAGAAUGCGUGCAUCGAGCGCACGCUGGUUCGAGCGCACAGAUUAUAUAGGAGGGUGCAUCGAGCGCACAUUUGCAGGUAUAAAGACUGUAUCUUGAAUCCCUGUAUUUAGCUUGAAAUGUUUAUUACCGUAAAUAAAAGAAGAAAAAUUAAAAAAGAGUUAACAACAGAGUAAUAUUUUUUCAUCAAUGCCAUUAUAGUCAUAAUCAAUCAAAUUAUGACGGGGAUUUUAUAUUUAACUCUUAAUCGAAUUAACUCGACAUACUCUACUCUACAGGAAGCUCUGGGGAUUUUCAACUGCAGAGAUAAUUCGUAGAAAUUCAUAUUAAAAUCAUCCGGUUUUGUGAAAUUCAAAAAGUAGAGGUAUCAGACUUGUUGCUGCAUCCACUAUCUGGAUUUAAAAGGUUAUUUUUUGCCUCUUGGAUAACUCGUUUAUUUUCAAUUUUACACGAAAAAUAGUUUCUACAAAAGUUGUUUAAAAUUAAAUUUCCUACAAUUUUCGUUCUUAUCAAUUUUUUCCUAGGAUCGAUUUUUUUCGAUUUAUACUCGAAAAGAAGGGGUGAAUUUUUGGAUAUUGAAUAACUCGUUUAUUUUCAAUUUUACGCGAAAAAUUGUAACAAACAAAGUUGUUUAAAUUUAUAUUUUCAACAACUUUGAUUCCCAACAAUUUUGCGUAGGAUCGAUAUUUUCGGAUUACUCGAGUGAAUCCUGACUGGAGGCGUAAGUACGCAGGUACUUAAGAACGUGCUUCUCAAAAAUAUAAACUUUAGAAAAAAUCGGGAUCAUAAUUGUAGUAAAUAACAUUUUCAACACAUCCAAUUUACAACGACAACAACAAAAAGACAAACAGAAAAAAUAAUAAUACAACAUUAAUAAUAAAUGCGAUAAUAGAAUACUUAGGUUAAACCCCUCUUUUCGGGUAUAAAUCGAUCCUAGGGAAAAAUUGAUGAAAACGAAAAUUGUAGCAAAUUUAAUUUUGAACAACUUUUGUGAUUACUAUUUUUCGUGUAAAAUUGAGAAUAAACGAGUUAUUCAAGAGACAAAAAAUAACCCUUUAAAUCUAGAUGGUGGAUGCAGCAACAAGUCCCCCCCAACGAAUUCCGAAGGAAAUUUGCUGCUUAAAAUUUUUGUAAAUCUCAGCCCCUCUUUAAAGCCAAUCCGACUGGGCUAUUGUUAUGAAGCAGAUCAGCGUACCCACUCUCUAUUAAAAAAAAAUUGAUUGAAUUGAUAAUGGUAAUCACUAAUUUCAUAACUUUACAAAUUUUUUCCGAAAGUGUUUGUUGAAUGAUAUAAUGGUAAACGAGUAUCUCGUGAUUAAUUUUUUUUUCCCAAAAUAGCAACAAACUCUUUUUUCUACGCCGGUCAUAAUUUUAGCCCCAUCGAUUGAAAUGGACACAAUUUUAAUUGAUCAAAUUGUAAGUUUUUUAUUAAAUGAAAGUGUCAAUGCGACUUCUGUGCCAAGGCCGCACUUGAGGUGCCAAAGAGUUACAUGCGCUACUACUAAACUAGAUAUUAGAUAUAAUGAAACAUGGAAAAAUUAUGGGGAUAUUCAGAGAAACAGAAAUUAGCUCUAAUGACUUAUUAUUGGGAUGGGAAAGCUCCACUUGAACCAAUCCGCAUACCUUAGAAUUGAAGGAGAACACACAGAUAAUGACUUUUAUCCGCCCUAUUUUAUGGAGUCGAAUCUUGGAACUUGACCGAAUAUGUAAGCAAAAAAUUAGAAGGAUUCGAAAAGUCGCUUCAUAGAAUAAUACUCAAGAACUCUUGGACCGUCCUGAUAACAACUGAAGAUGUCCUCAGAAGAAGUAAUGAUAACCAUAAUAAUUCGCAAUUACAUUACUUCGGCCACUUAAUGCGAAACUGCAAGGCAAUAUAUUUGGGAAAAGAGGGCCAGGAAGACAACGAACAUCCGGCUUAUGAAAUUGGUUCAAUAAACUUGAUUGCUUUGCUGUUGAUUGCCCCGAUGAUCCACAAUACCACGGAUUGGUACCACAAGAAGAAGAUAGAUAAGAAAAAAAAACACUACAAAUGAAAAAGAUAUUAGUGAAAGUUACCAGCGACUAUAAGUCAUUAGAAAUUUACUGAAAUUUAGUCUCAAUUCAACUUAUGGUAGAUUUUGUAGACAGAGGUCGUUUCAGAAUAGACAUUGGACAUUGAACUUGUCAAAUUGAGUGAGAGGUCGAAAACACAUUAAUAUCUAUGAGUACUUGAACGUGAUAAUGAAACAGAAGUCACGAAGUGAAGAAAAACUUAAUUAGCUGAUUGUCAUGUUACUCUACUAAAAGAUUAUACAAAUUAGAUCAUUUUACUACAUUUUUUUUUUGGAUUAAUUGUUUCAUGGUACCGUCUUUUUGAAAAGGUUUUCUAUCAGUCGACGUUUUACAUUCUAUUAGAAUACUUCCAUUAUUUCGUUGCUUUAAAAGUCUAUACAUGAUUGCUUUUCCAACUCGAGUCAUAUUUGAACUUAUUAAUUUUCAAAUAAACUAGAGAUAUAGACGGCCAAAGCUCCGGGUGGAUGCAUAUUUUUUGACGUUGUAGUCCACGGUUCGUCGAUAUAUUUUUAAUUCUAUGGCAAUUGUACGGUUACUUUUACCUAGACUAUGGAGAUUUAUAAUUAAUACGCGAGUUUGAACUGAUAGUUUCCUGGUUUUACUCAUUUUAAAACUUACAAGUUUGAGUUUACGAGAACAAAUCUGACACUAUUAAUUUUGGUAUUUAAGACACCGUUUCGAGCUUCGCUUCACAAUAUGAAAGAAAAAUUUUAUAUUUUUAUAUUCAGAAAGUUCAUUAUUUUGAAAUUGGGCAGAAACUUUUGUCCGGUAGUGUAUGUCUAUGCUAUGCCAAAGCGAAACUCCCAGAUUCACCCCGUAUAUUUAUUCGGUUUGUAUAUAAACUGUUGAUUGCUUCUCUGUUAAGAUUUGCUCUUAUUUAAAAAAUAAAUGUACUUUUGAUUAACUUUCUGGAUUUUUACUCUUAGUAAUAAAUAAUAGAAAAAACCUUGAUAUAAUUGUUACGGAAAUCGUAUCAAUUGAAUUAUUUUCAUUUCAAUAAUUUUUGAUAAAUUAACCUUGAUUUGAGAUUUUAACUCUAAAUGUUAAUCAAAAGAUUACAUUCCACAAGUUAAAUCAAAAUGCAGGGACCUUUAUCAGUUUAUAAAGAUUUAUUUUGCAACUUACCGACACAUUGAAAAUAUCUCAACUCAUACCCAAAUAUAUUUCCCAACUUAUAUUUAUAAAUGUCGAUAUCUUCAAGUUGAGGUCGUAAACUUGUCAAAAACCCCUCGUAUAGUUGUAAAUAAAUUAUAUUAUUGUGUACUCUUAAUAAUUCAAGAGACUAACUCUAAAAAAUAAUAAUCCAAAGUUAUUAUAAUGGCAAAAAGUCAGUUUUUUGACAUAUGUCACUAUAAUGUUACCAUUAUUAUAGUAAAAAAUAAGAAAAAUUUAUAUAAAUUUAUCAUAAAAUAUGGAUACAAACAAAGAUAACUGAAUGAAAAAUUAGAUUACAGAAGUGUACUGUAUGAAAUGCAACAUUUUUUUAGUCAUAAUUGACGCUCUGUACAAACUACCCUAGAAAAGUGAGGUUAUGUUUUAGACGUUCGGCGAUGAUUAGCGCGUAAAAAGUAGAAAAUUGGUUAAAUUCGACGUCAAGAGCGCGAUCAUUGUGUGCGUUAUUACAGUUUCUUAACAAGUUGAACCAUCUUUGACAUUUAUGUCUUGGGUUCAAUUCAAAUUAAAAUAGGAAUAGAACUUUUGACAGUGCAAUUAAAAACGACUAUACACACAAAUUGAACGUCAAUGUCAAAAAAAAAAAAAAAAUAUAAAGUUACAGAAACGUUUCCGUGAAAUCAAUAAUUUAAACGGCAAGUCCUUUGUUGUUGUCUUGUGUUUGACCAAGUACGAAUUUUAGCUGUGUAAGAAGACUUAAUAAAUUUACGAAAAUGGCAUCAGGGAUAUUCCAUAGACCAGCAUUAUUUCUGUGAUUAUAAGUUACUUAUAAAGUAACAUUUGACAUGGCCGCUUUACCGCCUCUCAGUUGUUCCCCUCGAGUCAAAGACGAAUUAGUUUAUCCUAUCACUUGUACGGUGGCAACCAAUCUUCUAGCGCCCGUAAAAACUGAAAAGCAAAUUUUGGAAAAUUCAAUGUUAGAAGAUGAUCCCAACGCUAAUUGUGCAGUCUCGGAGGUUCCCAAAGAGAAGACGGGUCCUAGGUGGGGGCCUCAACAUAAAGGGGCUCAAGAGUUGGCCAAUUUGUAUAGUAAAGGUAAAAGGACGCAAGAAUGUAUCUGCGUUGGGAUCUGUCUAACUUUGAUGGUUAUAAAUUUCGCAUUUAUUUGUUACUACAUAAGAUUAGAGAAACUGAGUACCAUUCUUGUAGCCGCUUUUUGCGGUAUAGUAACCGCUGAUUUCGGUUCUGGUUUCGUACACUGGGCGGCAGAUACAUGGGGAUCCAUCGAACUGCCUGUAAUAGGAAAAAAUUUUCUGCGACCAUUCCGUGAACACCAUAUUGAUCCAACAUCCAUUACCCGCCAUGAUUUCAUCGAAACAAACGGUGACAAUUUCAUGGUGACAAUACCAUUCCUGGGCCGUAUGGUGUGGGACUUUCUUACGCUAUCAAAAGAAGAUGUUCAAAAUAAAUUUACGUGGAACUGCUAUAUUUUUCUAUUAGCCAUUUUCGUGGCGAUGACCAAUCAGAUACACAAAUGGUCUCACACGUAUUUCGACUUACCUGGUUGGGUGAUAUUCCUGCAGGAAUACCGUAUCAUACUCCCACGUCGUCAUCACCGUAUCCAUCACGUGGCACCACACGAAACAUACUUUUGCAUAACUACGGGUUGGUUGAAUUGUCCAUUGGAGAAACUCAGGUUCUGGAGUAUACUGGAAAUUAUCAUCGAAACUCUGAUAGGUUAUAAACCUCGAGCUGACGAUAUGAAAUGGGCCCAAAAAAGAACGUGAUAUUUUUCUUUGUUGUUAUAUUAUUUAAUAUUGUUCAUUUUUGUUGAUUCAAAGUUUAAAAUCAAUUAUGCUUGAUGGCAUUUUGAAUGUUUUUCACAAUACUUUCUGAUAAUAAAUAUUUUUUUCAAUUAAUUCCA